AUGAAGUUCAGCACACCCUCGAUGGACCCGCCGAAACACGAAAUGGCAUAUUUUCCGGCUAUGACGACCUCGCUACCGAGCGAGUCGGGCGAGUUCCGUCGUGUCUUGUGGACCGGGUUGUACAGCCAGUUGGUCUUGAUGACCGUGCCGGUGGAUGGCGAGAUUGGAGACGAGAAACACACCGUCGACCAGAUCUUGACCUUCACUUCCGGCAAGGGCAAGGCAACCAUCAACGGCGUAGAUCAAGAUGUAAAGGCUGGGGAUCUUAUUAUCGUGCCUGCAGGCACGCAGCACCAGUUCAUCAAUACUGGACCGACACCUUUGAUUUUGUAUACCGUGUACUCCCCAGCCGAGCACAAGCCGACAUCCGUGCAUAAGGAUAAGGCGCAAGGAGAUCGUGAAGAGGAAGAAGGUAUCGAUGAACCGCCUGAGUGGAGUCAGCGGAGUAAGAAGGAGAAUGAGAAGCUGGGGCUCGUCGAGUCGGAGGGCCAUUGA